CACGUAGGUGAUAGAUGAUGAUCCAUAUACACACAAUCUACUGAGUGACAUUAUGCCUGCUGAUCUUGAGUUGUCACCUACUGACAAGCAUAUCUUUAUUGAGGAGUUGCUUCUGAAUGCAUUGAAUAAGCAAGUUAGGCAUGGUCUGAGUGGUUUUAUAAUAAGGUAAUGUCAAAUUUACUGUAUUAUUAUGGCAUGUGUAAUGUCGUGAAUGAUAUUUUGUUGCAACGCUACUUUGGAAAGGGAGUACGUGGAGGCUCAGCUGAACCUGAAUCAGAUAUUGUGCAGGCUUGCAGAAGCUUUCUAGAUCAACGGCAGUGCAUUAAUGUGUGGCGAUUUAUCCAAACUAUCAACGAGAGAAAAGACUUGACAGAGAACCUGAAGCAGCUACAGUGCAGGACACUAAUUUUUGUUGGUGAGAAUUCCCAGUUCCAUGCUGAAGCUGUGCACAUGACUGCAAAGCUUGAUAGGCGAUAUAGCGCUCUUGUGGAGGUACAAGCUUGUGGCUCGGUUGUGACAGAGGAGCAACCACACGCAAUGCUGAUACCAAUGGAGUACUUUCUCAUGGGAUAUGGACUGUACAGGCCAAGCCAGAUAAACUGUAGCCCUCGUAGCCCUCUGAAUCCGUUUUGUAUAUCACAGAGCAUGGGGGUUAAGCUAAAGCCAAUCAAGACACAAGCCAACCUUAAAGCAUAGGAACAGGUGAUGAGAAUGCAUAGGAACUGAUGCGCAUCCCUUGAUUUUUUGUGCUGAAGUGACAUAGCUGUUGUUUCCGUGAUGUACAUAAGACAAGAGGUUAGUCGGGUGAGGGUUGGGUGGGUGGUUGAUUCCAUUGAUUUGUAGCCUUUAAAACAGUUGUACAUUGUCACAGAUUUAUUUGUUGAAGGGAGAAGAAAUAAUAAGGGGAUAUGAGAUGUUGCCAAAAGUUA